AUGUGGAAGAAAUCAAAGUCCGAUGAAGACGCCUUCGACAACAUGUUCACAGCAUGCCCUCCCUUCCCCGAGCAACCAUGGAUCUACAUCACCGACCCAAUGGGCAAAAAUGGCCAUGCAAACAAUGUCCAGGACAUGAUCGACGCCGCUCAGUUCCAUUACAGCGGCAUGUCUGCCAACUUCUUCAACUCCAGCGACCUCUCCUCCAUGGACACUCUUCUCCACCAUCUCGACAAGUCCAAAACCGCACGCCAUAUCAGCAAGAAAGCGUUCUUGAUCGUCGACAAGUUGAACCGCCUGGACUGUGAGAAUGGAGAGAAGAUGGAAGCAGCCAAGAAGAUCCGUGAGCAUGCCGCGAAGUCAGGACGUACCUUUGCCAGCGUGAAUCUCUACAUGGAAGAGGGCACCAAGGAGCGUGAAAUGAAGAAAUGGGGACCCCAUCAUCUGGAGUUGUGCGUCGCAGACUUGACACACAAGCAGGUCGCCGAGCAGGUGUACAAGUGGUUGUUCACGGCCAUCCCACCCACCGAGCACAUCUACCUCCUCACGCAGGUCAAACUCCAAGUCACCGACCAGAAACACUACCCUGACUACGAGUACUGUCCGCUGGGCGACAUCAAGAAACAUGCCAAGGAUGCAAAAAUCCAGUUCGGCGUGGUCAUCACAUCCAAGCCCGUCUUGGUUCCCGGCACGCAGCGCCUGCAUUGGACUGUGGCGGACAAGUCUGGCACGGGCAAUUUCUACUUUCAAUACCGCGGCCCUACCUCGCAGUACACGUGGGACUGGGUGCAAUCCCUUCAAGCAGGCGACAUCAAAUCUCUGCCUCGCAUGCCGUCUGUGCAGAUCCGCGAAAGCCGCACCGUGCGCGUGGCCAAACUCCCUCUCCGCACCGCGUCCUUUGCAGUCUCAUCCGUCGGCCUGGCGAUCAAGGGCGUCGGCUCGGGAAUCAUCAAGGUCGGCGACGUCUUGAGCAUGGGAAAGUCCACUGAAUACGUUCCGCACGGCGACGUAGACAAGAACGGCAAGAAGAUCGAUUGGGCCAAGAAGUUCGAAAAGGAAGGCAAAGACAGGAGCGAGAAGGUGGAGAAGGCGAAGAAGAUGUUGACGGAGAAGAUCGCUGCCCAGUUGGCGGUGGCGCGGAAGCGGAAGAACCGGGGUGCUCACGUCGAUCCUGAGGGCGUGCAUGACAGUGACAGUGAUGCGAAUACGUUGUGUGGAAGCGAGAAGCAGGCCGUUGUUGUCAUGGAGAAGGAGUUCUGCUAG